GCUCGGCGGAUGUUUGAGGGCGAGAUGGCCAGCCUGGAGGCCCUCCGGAGCACCGGCCUGGUUCGCACUCCGCGGCCCAUGAAGGUGAUCGACCUGCCGGGAGGAGGGGCUGUCUUCGUGAUGGAGCAUCUGAAGAUGAGGAGCUUGAACAGUCAGGCAUCAAAACUUGGAGACCAGAUGGCAGACCUGCACCUGUCUAACCAGAAGCUCAGGGAGAAGGUGAAGGCGGAGGAGAGCACAGUGGGCCAGGCCGGGAGCGCUGAGCCCCAGUACGUGACCCAGUUCGGCUUCCACACGGAGACCUGCUGUGGCUUCAUCCCGCAGGUGAACGAGUGGCAGGACGACUGGCCGACCUUCUUCACCCGGCACCGGCUCCAAGCACAGCUGGACCUCAUCGAGAAGGACUAUGCGGACCGAGAGGCGCGGGAACUCUGGUCAAGGCUCCAGGUGAAGCUCCCGGAUCUGUUCUGUGGCCUAGAGGUUGUCCCUGCCCUGCUCCACGGGGACCUCUGGUCGGGGAACGUGGCUGAGGAUGACCAGGGACCUAUUAUCUAUGACCCGGCCUCCUUCUAUGGCCACUCUGAGUUCGACCUGGCGAUCGCCUUGAUGUUCGGGGGCUUCCCCAGGCCCUUCUUCACUGCCUACCACCGGAAGAUCCCCAAGGCCCCAGGGUUCGACAGGCGGCUGCUGCUGUACCAGCUCUUCAGCUACCUGAACCACUGGAACCACUUUGGGUGGCAGUACCGGAGCCCGAGCCUGGGCACCAUGAGGAAGCUCCUCAAAUAGCCCCUGGCCCUCCUGCCUGCAUGCCCGGCCCGCCUGAGACCAAUAAAGCCAGCAGGGGUUUCUGGGG